AUGAUAGAGACUAUGAAAUUGAAGAGCAGAAAAGUGAGAAAAGCUAUAAGUCUGUAAAUGUAUUAGUGGAUCGUCAGAGGCCUUCAUCUUCAAAGAGUAAUGUAGAUAAGUCUGAGGACAUUUUCAAGCUUGAAAAUUCUCUAUUCAAUCUUGGAAUUUGAAAAGAAUUUCAGACGAUCGAUGAAUGAGGACAAGCAAUAAAAAGCUUUCCUUCAAGUAUAGAUGAAUUAGAUUCAUAAGGAAAAGCGGCUCAUCGAAUUUGGAAUUAAAUAGGUGGAUCAAAGAGCAUAAUGGUGUUAAGAUGAGAUUGGCUACGAUAAUGAUUGA